AUGGCCUCGGAUAUCUGCUUCCUUCACUUUCGCAUCCACGACUCUACCCUUUCAUCCACCUCAACCGCCUCAGCAACCUCCUUCUCAGCUAGCAACAAUGAAAACAUCGACUCCUCAGCUCGACAGAGUUCAAACGAUGCCAAAGCAGGAGGUCUGCAAGAAUGGCUUUGUCAGCUCUCGAUCGUUGACGACAAAACGACCAUCCGUGGCCUGCUUGGCCCCCUUGUUGACCCUGAGCGCAAGAAGGCUGCCGUCUUGGCCUCUUGCUGCACAUUCCAGGUCGCUACUGUGCCCCGGACCACUCCUGUAGGUGCUAAUAUUACGCAGGAACAGCAAGCACAUGGUCCUGCAAGCAACAAGAACAACAACAACAACAACAACAACAACAACAACAACAACAACGCACGGGUGCUGUAUGCCAAGACCAUCCAGAGUGAGGAUCUCUUUGGCCAGGGAGUCGAAUACAGACAGGAUGUGCUGGUGGAUCGCCACUACUACGAGUUCACUCUCAUCCUGUCAUCGCUGCUCAUCAAACUACUCGGCCCUCCCGACGGACCCCAGGACACUCACACCCUCGCCCUCUCUGAAUCAGACCCCGUCGCCCGCAACGUCGACCCCCUCGUCGAAAUGAUGACCCAGUUCCACCAACACAGCCCCACCGCAGAUGUCGAAUGCCGCUUCAUCGACCGCAAUGGUCACGUCCGGCUCUAUGUCCGCGCCCAUCAGGCAAUCCUCUCCAUCUACCCAACCUUCUCCGAAAAGAUGGCCCAGGCACAGUCAAACCCCUACUUGCGAUCCAAGAACACGGUCGUCGUCCUCCAGAUGCCUGUCGAGGACUGUGCUGCUUUUCAGAGAAUGCUCGAGUUUAUCUAUUCAGGAAAACUGCCGAUGGAGGCUUUCAACCCGAGGGAUAACGAGCAGUGGAAGAAGGCGUUUGAUCUUGCCAAGGAGUUCGGACUCGACAGGAGCCUCAACUCUAUGCCUUGGAUGGAUUGGCAUCUUCAAGAACUAAAGCAAGUCUUGACAGAGGAGAAUGUGUUGGAGAUUUACUUUGCUUGGGGGUAUGCGCACGAGGAUGUGAUGAGACUAUGUGUUGACCAUGUGGCUGAACGACAGCAUGUUCAAUACCAAGGAAAGGAGUUCAACUCGGCGGUUCUGGAUAUGAUCAAGGGUCGGUUCAUGGGCAAGCCGGGAUGUCGAGAGUUUCAGGAUGCGUUUGUCACCAGAGGCUGGGGUUUAUACGCGAACCAGCAGCAACAGCAGAUGAAUCAAAGAGAUCAUGCGAUGAGCUCUCCUCCUAUCCGCCCUCGACAGCAACCGAUGAUGCAUCAGCAUCAGCAACAGCGCCAACGCCAACGGCAAGGUCGAUUUUGA